AUGAAUGUCGAAGAAACAAAAGAAAAAGGAUGGCCUGGUGAUUAUUGGGUGAUUACUCAGGCUGAAGGCUAUAGCACGAGACUUGCAAUGCGAUCUCUUGAUGGAGUUGUUGAUGAGGAGUCUGCAGAAGAGACAGAGGGUGACAAAGAGGUCAUUGAAGAGGGUGCUGAAGAGGUUAUUCCAGGUACUGGGGAGGUGAACAAUCAAGAGCUUGAAGGUGAUUGUGUUUUAGUCAAGCAUCUCUUGGGGAUCACUUUGAUCACACACCUUUAUCUUCAGAAGUAUCAACAUCCAGAGCAGGGAGACAAAGUCGGAUUAGAACCUUGGAGCAAGUGCCAAGAUGAGCUGAUCUGUGCUGAUUUUGGGUGUGAGCAAGCUGUUUCUGCGCUGUUACUCACCAGGUGCAACUUUUUUUACCAUCUUACAUGUUGUGGGCUCCUUGAAUGA